CCGGUUGCAAAAAUGGGCAUAUGUAUCAGUUUGGUGAAAACCUCGUCAGGCCUACGCUGUAGGCCUUUCCUAUGCCCGUCAACUUUCGGUUAGCGGGGGUACAUUGUUCGCCAUGUCUUGAGCUAUGGCAUCCUUACCGGGGUACAGUCUAAACAGAUAGUUUGCGUGCAUAAUACGUAAUCUCCAGCAAUGCCGACAAAUACUGCACAGUGGUCCUCCUCAGAUAAGCAGCCUGAGGAGGUGGAGGAGAGCCCAAAUGGACGUUACAUUCGGUACAACAUCCUGCUGGGGAAGGGUGCCUGUAAGCGGGUUUACAAAGCUCUGGACACUGAGGAGGGAAGGGAGGUCGCUUGGAACCAGGUGGAGCUGUUGGGCAUGGAGGGCGACGAGGAGGCUCGGGCUCACCUGCAGGAGGAGAUCCGGGUGCUGCAGCAGCUCAAGCACAAGAACAUCAUGACGUUCUACGCCUGGUGGGUGGACCCCGGCCAGCAGCACAUCAACUUCAUCACGGAACUCUUCACGGCCGGCAACCUACGACAAUACCGCAAGAAGCUCAAGAUCAUGUCGGAAAACGUCCUCAAGCGCUGGGCACACCAGAUCCUGGAGGGCCUGCUGUACCUGCAUGGCCACGUGCCGCCCAUCGUGCACCGCGACCUCAAGUGCGACAACAUCUUUGUGAACAGCGCCACGGGGCAGAUUAAGAUCGGCGACCUGGGGCUGGCGACGGUGCAGCAGCAGGGCAUGAGCGUAGUGGGGACUCCGGAGUUCAUGGCUCCAGAGGUGUACGACGAGUCAUAUGAUGAGCGCUGUGACAUCUACAGCUUCGGCAUGUGUCUGCUGGAGCUGGCGACGCAGGAGUACCCGUACGCGGAGUGCCACAGCGUGCCGCAGAUCUUCAAAAAAGUCACACUGGGCAUUCCCCCUGCCUCCCUUGCGCGCGUGAGCAGCCCCGAGCUGCGGGACUUCAUCUCCCUCUGCAUCGCGCACAACCCCGCCGACCGCCCCUCGGCACGCGAGCUGCUGAAGCACCCCUACCUGGAGAUUGUGCGGCAGGCGGCGGGCGGCAGCAGCAGCAACGGCGGCGGCGGCGGAGAACUCACCAGCGGCGGCUCCGCAUCGUCAUUGCUGGCGGCGGCGGGCAGCAGCUGCGGCGGCAGCGGCGGCGGCACGGGGUGGAACACGCCGUCAGGCACGCUCCACUGCGCCGCCAGCGCGAGAGACCUCCGAGAGGCGCUGCACCAACAGGAAGCCCUGGCGCGACACCAGCACCAACAGCAGCAGCACCUGCUGCACCCACACCUCUCCUGCCCGCAAGUGCCGCUGCCAGGGUUAGCCGCGGCACUCGGAGGAGGAACAUCGCCGCCGCCGCCGCCGGCGUCAGCCAGCAGCCCCCAUAUUGCAGCGAUGACGGGGCCGCAGGAGGGCAUCCUCGCAAUGGCGAGGUCCUCUUCAUCGGGGUCGGGGCAGAUGCCGCUGCCGUCGCUGCCGCCAGCACCGUUGCUGGUGUCGCAGGCUGCCCUGCGGCGAAGCACGUCGGGGGCUGGGGCGAUACCGCCGCAGCCGUCGCCGCUGGGCCGCUCCGUCUCGAUACGGAAUCAGGCAGGCGAGCCGUCGCAGCCGCCGCCACAGCCGCCGACUUCGUCCUCCCAGCUGUCGCGGCUUGGCAGCGGCGGCGUGCCCGCUGUGGUGACGGUGGGGUCCUCGCCACCCGCAUGCUCCUCCCCGCGUGCGGCGCCGCGCUCUCGCCUGGGCCUUACAUGCGACGUCGGGGGGCCUGCCGCUGGUGGCGGCGGCGUGUACGGGUCGCCGCCGUCACCGUCGACGGCGGCACUAGCUCUCUCGCCAGCGCCAACCUUGUCGUUGCUGCCGGAGGCUGUUAGCGCCGUACAGCCUGCAGCGGCGGCGGCGGCGACGGAGGCGACGCGCGAAGAUCUGCCCUGCCAAAGCCUGCCUGCAGUCGCAGCUGCUGCUGCAUCUGGGAGCUCCAAGCCGCAUGCGACCGCAGCAGCUCCCGGUGAGGAGACAUACCUCCCCUCAGCCUUCAUGACGCACGCAGCGCUAGCAGCAGACCUAUCACAGCCAGAACUGCCGACGUCCCAACAACAGCAGGAAGAAGCGUCAGCGCAUACGACAGAAGGUCCGGGGUCGGCGGCAGCGCCAUCGGGUGGCAGUAGCAUCGGCGGCGGUCGCAUCGGCGGCGGCGCCGCGUGGGACCCUGUCCUAGGCAGCGCCACACGGCCUAGGCUGCACAGCGGCGGCGUCGUUGCUAGCCGGCACGGCAGUGAGUGCAGCCAUCGGUCGGAAGUCUCGGGCGGCGGUAGCGGCGCCGGCGGUGUCAGCACUGACGGCGACGACACGGACAGCGAUGAGGAGGUCCUGGUGCCCAUUGAGCUGCUGAAGGCGGGCCUGUUGGAGGAAGGCUUUGUGGAGUCCGACCACUCCCAAACCUCCCGGCAUUCUCCUAGCCGCCGCAGCUUGUCUUUCUCACAAACGCAAGCGCUGGCCCAAGGUGCAUACCAGCCGUCGGGUUUCAGCAGGCCUUCUUGCAUCGAGGGCAAGGAGCCUGAGGGCCCUGUGAAUGCAGCAGGACAGGUGGAAGAGGGUUGCACGUAUGGGGUGGCACGAGCGCGACUAGAAGAGAAAGGACUACAGCGAGACCUGGAGUGCACUCAGCCUGCACUGGAGGCGGCGGUGGCGCAUCCCCUGGAGGCGGUGGCGGAGGAGACAACGUCCAGGGAUGCAAGCGUUUCGUUGGCUUUGCCAUUGCUUUCAGGGCAGCCAGUGGCGGUGGCCUCGGAAUCCUCGCCGCCGCCGUCGCCGCCACUCGAAAGAGCCGCUCGCGCCGCUGCGUCGCCCACCGCCAUCGCUGCUACAUCACGCAUGGACAAUCCCGUUGUUCGCGCUUCCCUGGACGGCGGCAACGCCGCAUACACGACAGCCGAAGGCGCUUGCAACAACCCGCCGCCAUGCAAAAGCGUCCGUGGCGCCGGCAGCGCUUGCCACAGUCGUGGCAGUUCCCUGGACGUCAUUUCCUUCAGCCUGGCUCCCGGCCCACACGACAGUGGCGCCAGCACACCGGCGCUUCGAGGUUCCUACAGCGGCCAACCGCAGCAGCAGCAGCAGCAACAGCACCCGACGCACGGGGGCACCUCGGGCCACCUGCAGCAGCCCUCGGUGCAGCAGCCGCAACCGCAACCGCCAACCACAGCAGAGGCUGCCGCCGCCAUCGCUGCCAGCAGCAGCCGAAGCAGCAGCCGCAAGUUUACAGCGACCGCAGAUUCCACCACCACCUCCUCAACCGACCCUGUAACGGCGGCGGCGGCGGCGGCGGUGCAGUCUCCCUCGCUUCAGGUGCCUUCCAACGCCGCCGUACAAAGCCAGGCUCUCCACCAGGCACAUGCCUCUGUGUUAACACCUCCAGGCAGUCCCACUCUUGGGCAAGCCUCGGCUGUUGUCCCCGGCCCCGUCAGGUUACCGUCCUUCCGAAACAAGGUCCUCAUGACAGUGACGUCGCCCCCGGGGUCCUCUGGCGGGGCGGGAGGGGCAGGAACCUCCGCGGCAGCAGCGGCGGCGGCGGCGGCGCAGCCAUUGCGCCACCUGCGAACCACCUCCGCAAGGGCCAUGCAUGGGAUCAGUGGCGACGCAUUAAUGCGCGGCGUGGGCAGCCCCCCGCUUCCGCGUUCUGGUGCGUUUGGCAGUGCGCAUGGCCCCCGAACCCUCCGCGUUCCCCAGUUUCCUGCCGCCGCCGCCGGCGGGUCCUCUGCUGCUCCUGUCUCUGCUGCCCCCGAGGGCGAUGCUGCUCUGGCGGGGCUGUUCAAUCUGCCGCCGCUGCAGCAGCCGCGGCUGUUUGAGAGGACUUUGGGGCGUUCUGGGAACGGGAACUCGCUGACCGGCGGCGGAGGUGGAAGCGACAGCAGCAAUUCUUGCUUUUUCCAACGCAGCGCCUCGCUGCCGCUAACGCCGGUCCCCUCCAUCGACGCUGCGGCACCUUGCAGCGGUGUGGUAGCUAGCAGUCUGCCUGGCGGCGACGUGCCCUUCCAGGCUGGCACGGUGACCACCGGUAGUGCGGCGGAAGGCGUAUCCGCUCUGCUGCCGGCACCGGCUGCUGCGGAGGAACGCUCCCUGCCAGUUCCCGAGGGCAGCUUCGGGCUUUCCACGUUGGAGGCGUUGGCGGCUGGUCGGCCGCUUUCGAGCGGAGGAGCCGGCGCUGAUGGGCUGCUGCGGGGGGAGGCUGCGGCUUGUCCUACAUCUGCUGCUGCGACAGUCACGCAACAACUGCGGCGGCAGAACCAGCAUCAACAGGAAGGCUUCACGCGGUCAAGCGACGGUGACAACUCAAGCAGCGGUGUGUUGACUGGGCUGUGGCGCGGAGAUGUGGAUACCAUAGCGUCAACGCCCGCUACUGCUGCAACGGCGGCGACCGAGGCAGCUGCUGCUGCUGCUGCUGCUGCAGGACUGAUGAGGUAUGUGCCGCACUCUGCGCUGAUGCCUUUGAAAGAGGAUUCUGCGGAGCUGGCGCCACCAUCUCCCAGGGUGACCACAAGUGGUGGUGGCGGCGAGGGCGGCAGUGUCGGGGGCGAUAGUAGGCGCGGCGGGAGUGCUGCUGGCUUUGCUGCGGACAUGGCGGGUGUGGGUGAUGGGGAGAUGACGGUGGUUCGGGAGUUUGCGCGACCCAUUCAGGGUGUGAUCAUGCGCUUCAAGCAGCUCAAGCGCUUGGUAGGUGACAAGGCGAAGGCUUUUCGGACAACCGACAAGCAGCCGAGAAUGUAGAUGGCAUCUGGUGGUGUGUGUAGUUGAGCGGAAACUAAGACACGGUGGUGUGGGACACGCAUGGGUGUCGGAUCAGGCAUUGACAAGAAGUUGGAUGAGCGAGCCUCCAAAUUGGCUUGCCCAGUUGAGUUGCGGUGAUACCUAGGUUGAAGGAAAGACUGCAUUACAAAUAGAAAACAUAAAUGGCAUCUGGUGGUGUGUGUAGUUGAGCGGAAACUAAGACACGGUGGUGUGGGACACGCAUGGGUGUCGGAUCAGGCAUUGACAAGAAGUUGGAUGAGCGAGCCUCCAAAUUGGCUUGCCCAGUUGAGUUGCGGUGAUACCUAGGUUGAAGGAAAGACUGCAUAACAAAUUGAAAACAUACGCCCCAGGAAGACGAAGGUAGAACGGUUGUAUAAGUACGAAGACCAUUCUGCAUGGGUGGUAGUGCCGCGAUAGCCAUUUGGAGGGUAGACGGUUAUAGGAGCCAAGGUGGAUGCCCUUUGAUACGGGUGCUGUUGUGCUGAGGAAGGUCCUUGCUACAGGACAUGGAGGUUAGGUAGUGCGUGACACUUGCUACGGGGGUGUCGAUCUGCAAGCUAAGGUCUUGCAACGGUUGCCUGACGUGGAAUGACAAGUGUGACGUAAUGACGUAAUGCAGACUUGGCCCACCACUGUCAAGGGGGCUGCUAGACCGCUGCUGAAGUGACGUGGCUACUGGUUUCGUGGUUCGCGCCAGCAGCCGUUUAUAAUAAGAGGAAUGACUUUGUUUGCGCUAUGUAUGCUGCCUGGAUUCUGGCCGGGGCAUGUUGUCCAUCCCUUGAUGCAGUGCUUCGGGGCGUGCGCUCCUAAAUGCAAAGCACAUGUUUUCGGACGGUGGUGAUCGUGAUGGUUGGGGUGACCUCUGGGCGCCAAGGAGCCCAGGGCUGUUGGAGGGGUUGCAGGUGUGGAACAACUACCAUGACUCGAUUGAAAGCGGCAGUCUUUACUGCCCAUUGCCGUUGUUGGGGGUGGGGGUGGCUCGCCAGGAAGGCAGGAAAGGGAGUGGCAGAGUCUUGGCGGUUGUCCAGUGGCAGUCAAGGUAGGGUGCCCGGGGGCACGGCGAGUUGUCCUUGGGUAAAGAGGCUCGCGAGCGAAAUAAAUAUUUUUUUGUAGCGUAGUAAAUCAGCCCUUUUCCAUUUGCCGGCGGUAUGUCAGGGCCAGCAAGUUGACGGAGGGCUGCGUUGAGGGAGGUGCCAGCGGCAGGGAAUGUAGGUAAGCGUUUGUGCUCGGAUGGAGGGAGAUACUGCGUCCAGAGUUGGUGCGGCGGUAAGGGCAUGUUGUUGGCAAAUUGGAGUUGGGUUGACUCGAGGGGUUGCAUCGUUGUUACACAGCUGGAUUGCGCUUGGUCUGUUGCCACGGUGCCGUAAGGCCCUGACUCUCCACGUGAUUCCUCUGUGCCUUUGGUUCAGGUACUUGAGUUUUGGCGUUUUUUGUUGGAAGCACAGUGUUGCUUCUGCAAGGUUUUGCGAGUUUAUGACUAGACACUUGGAAGAGCCAACGUACAGCUACGAUUACAGCCCCGCCUGCAAGACUGGGGCUUCGGUUGCUGGCCGUUUUACGAGUGGACUUUCUUGCCAGAGGCUGGUUGAGGGAGGGUUGCGUUGAGGACGGCUUGGAGCAAGGGUACCGCCUGAUCGCUACAUCCUACAUGGGUUAUGCCCGAGGAAUCGGACGUGUGCCUUGACAGCAGCUUGACCUAACGGGGGUGUAGCAGGAAACGGGAAAGGCGAUGUCGGAGUUUGCUACAUAUGGCAGCUACAUCCGGCUGUAUCCAGAUCUGGGCUGCAACUCCUGUCCAUCGGCGGGCAGGAGCGCUUGGCCGUGGCCAGUACCCAACUAUAUGUGGGAGGGAAGCACGUAAUAUCUUUAACAUGUGAGCCGAC